UAGGCUGCAGCUCAAAUCCGUAAACAUUAACACUAAGGAUCUUUCAACUAUGUUUGGUUCUAGCUAGCGAGUCUCAAUGUUAUUAUCUCAGGGCUUAAAAUUCAUUGUAGGCCUAGCAAAUGUCCGACGAUGUGCUACUAUGGUUAUUGGAAUACACGAAAUGUCUGAGACGGGUGUAAAAUGAGGACGAGGUUUCUAAGAUCAAACUACACUGUGUGGUUGUGUGUGGUUGUAUGUGGCUAGGUAACGUUAAAGUGGCGAGAAACCGAGCGAUUACGUCAACUGGCAAACGGUGUGUGGCUUUUCGAUACAGCACAAGCAUUUCAUAGCAUAUUAACAUUGACGUUACAAAGGAGCAUGGAGGCACCAGAGUUACCUGCGGAGAUAAUUACCUACAUCUUCAGUUUCCUUCAUGUGUCAGACAGAAAAGAGGCUUCAUUGGUUUGCAGAAGCUGGUAUGAAGCAAGCCAAGACUAUCAGUUUCAGAAGAAUGUCACUUUUAAGUUGCCCGCCUGCUCCUCCUCCUUAGAGGUGAUUCGGGGCCUGGGUAAGCGGUCCCGCUGUGGCCUGGUCAUUAGUCAUCUGGAUGGGUCCAGUUUGUCCAGAGCUCUACUGAUGGAGGUGGCCAUGCACUUGGGGCCCAGUCUGGAGACGCUAUCAUUGCCAGGGAGCAGCAUCACGGAGUCCUCCCUUCUUGACCUCCUGCCGCACCUCACUGGCCUGCGCAAGCUGGACCUCCGUGGCCUGGACAGCCUCUUCAUGUCAGGAGCCUUUCUGUCUCGAGAGGAACAUCGUCUCCAGGUACGCAAGGCCUUGGAAGGUCUUGAGGAGUUGAACCUGUCAGACCUGAGGUACCUCUCAGACCUUUCCUUUAAUCGUCUGACAGGCUGCACCCCGAGACUGAGGAGGCUGGCUCUCUCUGGCUGCCACAUUGCCUUUGAGUUUGACCCGUACCGGGGAUGUCCUGUCGGGCCCGACUCCUCCGCCCUGCUCUCGCUGAGGAACCUCCGCCGGCUGCUUCAGCAGCAGGCCAGCACGGUGCGAGCUCUGGACCUGAGCCGGACCAGCAUCACCCCGGAGUCGCUGCGCACGGUGGCCCAGGUGCCGGGCCUGGCGCUGGAGGAGCUGUGCCUGCGCGGCUGCAAGGAGCUGUCCGACCACGCCGUGGAGGUGCUGUGCCGCCACCAGCCCACCAUCAGGAGCCUGGACCUCAGCUCCUGCACGGAGCUCACCUGCCGAGCCGUGCAGGCCGUCACCUCGGGCCUGAAGGGGCUGCAGGUCCUCUCUCUGUCGCGGGACUGGCGGGUGACCGACAAGGGUCUGGCGGAGCUCAUGACACUGCCGAGCCUGCGGAGGCUGGACCUCUCGGAGUGCUUGCACGUCAGCGGCGCUGAGAUGAUCAAGGGACUCUCGUCUCCGCCGCCCAGGGCACAGCUGGAGAGCCUCAGCCUCAGGAGCUGCACCUAUAUCAGGGACAUUGCAAUUUUCUCACUCAGUCAGCUGCUAGGCCUAAGUCUGAGGGUGCUCGACCUCACUUCCUGUGUCUACCUCACUGAUCUGAGUGUGCGCUCCAUUGCCACGUAUAUGCCUGGGCUGCUGGUGCUACGCCUGGGCUGGUGCAAGGAGAUCACGGACUGGGGGCUCCUGGGGAUGGUGGAGCCCACUAAGGAGUGUGAACCCAGCACUGAGACGGAAGACAAAGGGCCAAGCUUCACACGCACAUUUGGCAACAUGGGCUUCUUCCGGCCUCCCAGUCUGCCCUUUCAGGAGAAGCCGCGGCUGGUGACUGAUGAGGACCUAGGGGCCUUCCGAGAACAGAUGGGGGCCUCUCUGCUCGCCAUCAGGGGGAUCCAGGAGCUCGACCUGUCAGCCUGCUCCAAGAUCACAGACAGCAGCAUCACGCAGGUGGUGCGCUUCCCAGACCUGCAGCGCCUGUCUCUCUCCAUGCUGCCCGAGAUCAGUGAUGAGAGUCUGGUGUCGGUGGCGUCCUACUGCCGGAGCCUCACCAGCCUGGCGCUCAACCACUGUCCUCAGAUCAGCGACCAGGGAAUCGCUAGAGCGGCGCCGCUGCUCCCCAGGCUGCAGCACCUGCAACUGGCCUGCUGCGAUGCCGUCACUGACCGGUCUCUGUCUGUCUUGGCAAAGCACUGCAAAAGGCUCCAGACAUUGGACAUUUCCAUGUGUAAAGACAUUACCAUAACAAAAGUGGACUUCCUGCAAUCACAACUGCCCUACCUGGAGAAUGUUCAGUGUCGCUUUGUGGGUGGAGCAGACUUAACCAUAACUCUUUAAUGGAGAUAGAGAAACAAUGAAUAAAUACUUCCUUUAGUAUGAUGUGGAGAGGAUGUUAAGGGAAGAGAGAUGGUAUUUUUACAUUCCAUUAGAGCAUAUCCUAAAGAGCACACACUGGCUCAUCUUCUGCACUAGGCUGGAAAAAUGCUGCUCGAGAUCACAGUGGAACACACUGACAAGAAUGCCACAUGUCCCUUUCUCCCCUUAGCCACGAGGAUGGAAUCUGUUCUUCUUAUUUUGGGUUCAGUUUGACUAUUAUAAUUUAUUCACCAUGUGUAACCCUGCGUAAGAGGGAUAUUUUAGGAAUGUUAUGAUUUUUAAAUUAUUUAAUUUAUUAUUAUGUCAUCGAUUAUAUAUAAAACUGCACAGCAACAGUUAUUGCUCCAUUUAGAAGGCAAUUUAAUUUUGAGAUUAAUCAAUCACAAACCUCAAUUUCCUGUAAGACUAUAAUAUCUUUAUUAGUAGAGCUACAGAAGGUAUGUUGAGUAUGUUGUAUAUCAUUCUUGAUGAUUUUUGACUGUGGUUAAGCACUUUAGAUGUAAACUCUUAAAGAAAAUGCCUCAUAUGAAAAGAUCUACUCCAGUCCGGCAUUCAAAUGGCACAAUAUCUUUGGGGUUUUUUUUUGGAAAUACCAGACCAGUAUUCUCAAAUAAUCUAAUCUGAUUUCCCUUUAAAGAGGACAUAGAAUGGACGAAUUGAGAACUUUACGGUGUUCUCUGAUGAUAAAAUAGUAUAUAUUUUCAACUUUGAUUUAUACAAAAUAAACUCAAUUGCAAUUUUACAAGCCCAAUUAAAACCUUAUAUUUAGGCUGAGUAUUGAAAUGGUCCUUUUGACUAAAUGACACCGUCUUUGGCAACCACAAGCCACUUCAAUGGCUUUGCGAUAUUUGACAUCACUUGUAGGCUCUGUUCUAAUUUGUCUAUUUCUUCAAGUUCAACAUUUCCAUAUGAAGGAGGGCACAACUAUGAUAGCUUUUUGGUUAUGCACAACCUCUCCUAAUUCAUCAAAACCAAGACAAAAAUGGUUUCCACUCUAUGUCUCCUUUAAUGUGAAAUUAAAUUGCCCCCCUCCCCUUUCAUUCAAGAAUUCCUUGUAAUAACAAGUAAAAAUAAAUAAGAAUGACAAGAAUACUAAAAUCAGCUGUGCAUGUUACCUCCAUCUCAUGCCUUCAGUACUGAAUCAGACCAUGAUCUAACUGAACCACCCAAGUGGAAGCCAUCCCACUCCUAAUCUGCAUGCAGAGCAUAUCAAUUCAAACACAAGGCAAAACCAGGGCCUGGGUAUUCUGCAAACCAAAAGUGAAGUAGAUUAUUAGAUUUAUUAUGAGUUUUUUUUUCUGUAUCCUAGUUUCAUAGGAUUUGAAGUUCAAAUGGUUUCUUGGUCAUUGAAGCAACUAGUCAGUGAACUGAAUUCAAAACUGUGAAUGACAAAAGAGCUGAAUAAAUAUCAAAUGAGA